AUGAAACGGACACGAAGUAGAAUCUCUAAAUCGCAGCAGAGUAUUAGUCCAAUGAGAUGUGCACCCCGACGACGAAUAGGCUCACAAGAUACUCUGGAGGAAUCUGAUGAACAGGAGAAACCACAACAACAGCAACAAAAACGACAACGACAAAAACAGAAACGUGAAAAUCACAGUAUUGAAAAAACAACAUUAUUAGAUUUGCAAAGAUCAUCACGUGGAUUUGCUUAUCUUAGAGAGGGUCGUGAUAACACCUUACCACUAGCACCACGGACGGGAAUAAUCCAUACACAUGCAGAAGUGUCAGUGCGGCCUUCACCCUCCGUAAAUCCACCGAGAAACGCCAUGGAUGAUAAUGCCAUUGGUUAUGUAUCUCCACGAAGUGCACGAUCCGUUACUCACGCAUUUUCUCAUUUGCGAGAUUCAAUUUCAUUUGCAUUUCCACAGGUUCGUGAUAGUGUGUUUGAUUCUAGUAGUCCCCGUGGAAGUGUGACAGUGCCACUCUCCACACCUCCUCCUGGAUCUAAUUCACGUAGUAGCAUUUCCUCUUCACACUCAGAACACUUAAAUCGAUCGCAUCAGCAACAGUUAAAUCAUCGUGAGAUGUAUCAACCUAACCAUCAUAAUAGUAGUGAUCAGAGCUUCUUGAGUACACGUAGUGCUAUUGAUUAUCUUAAUGGGGCAGGUUCUUUAGAGGAAGUACUUUCUUCAAGGGAAAGUUUACGAUCUAGUCAAUUAACCCUUUCACGUCAUUCAGCUUCCAAGUCUACUUUAGGCCCUUUAGAUCUUUCACCUAUAUUAAAAGAAGAAAAAAAACCACGACGAAGAAAACCUCAAGUUUCUCCUAUCUGUAGACCACAACAUAAUGGCGUUCAAAUUGAUGUUCCAGUAUCUAUAGUAAAUGCACCUCUUGUUGAGGAACGACAAAUUGGUAAAGAGGCGUUGGAAGAAUUUCAACGUUCAAUGGCCCGUUGUUCACGUUUAACCACACUUAUUGUGGUAACUCUAUUUUUCAUUGCAGUAUGGGCUGUGAUGGCAGCUCCACUCUUUAUACGUUUAGAUAGACCAGAGGAUGUUUUUGUUCGUUACUAUGUUGAUACCGUUUCUGAAUUACAAUUUAUAUAUGAAGUUCCAUAUAUCUCUCUUAGUGGAAAUGAUACUAAACGAUUGUAUCUUCGUGUUCUUAGUGAAACGCUUGAACGUCUUGAACGAUCAACUUCUCAUUUAAAACCAGAGGCAAAUCCUAGUUCCCAAGCAUUAUAUUAUAAACGAAUGAUACGAGCUUACCAAGCGGUUCAACAUCGUUCACGACUUUAUGCACGUAGUCGUGGACGAAAUGUUUUUCAUCAGUUUAUUUUUUAUCCUUUACAUGAUGCUUGGGUGUAUGGUUUGAUGAGACACGGUUUUACACAAACCUUACGUGAUUUAAUAUGGGAUUUUUCACUUAGUAAUAUAUGGUUGCGAUUUCGAGAUGCGGCUCUUUGUCUUCGUCAGGAUGAAAAAAUACCAUGUCCAACAUUGACCUAUCUACAGGAGAGACAACAACAACAACAAGAAGAAGAACAAGAAGAAGAAGAA